UCAGUCCCUGUGGCAAACUACCUUUGAGUGCAGGAUCUUCCCGGUAAAACAUCCCGGUCUUCCGUCCCGUUCUUUCUUUCUACUCUCCUCCUGCUCUGUAUAUAAUACUGUAUAUAUAACUACAUUCCAUCGAGCACAGAACAGUAUUAUCGCGUUUCUCGUCCCGCGCGACUUCUAGACCAUAACAGCUAGUCCUGCAAUUUAAUUGUCUCGACAAGUACAACAUUUAUUGGAAGAAGUUCAUCUAAGACCGGCUAACAAGCAUUAUUAGGUGAACGAGGCUUUGGAUACUAUUGAUUUGAAGAGCACAACCAUCCAAAAGUCUGAACAAUGGCAACUGAAGUCGCGACUGACAGCAAAAACCAGCUCACACCCGAAUCUUUCAUCACCAAGGGUAAGACCUUUCUGGUGGUGCACGACUACUACAAUGCCGUUGGCACGUUGGCUGAAGGUGUUCGCUUGCUCGUGGAAAAGUACAGCGACAUGGCUGACGAGCUCGCAGAGCCCUACCUCUACUAUGGACGAGCCUUGCUAGGUUUGGCACGCGAGGAACAGGCGGUCCUCGGUACAGGUGUUCCUGGUGUGCCGGAGCCUGAGGCUGAGGAAGAAGAGGAAGAGCCAGAUGCAGCUGCUGCGGCCACUGCUGAUGGCGAGGGAGAGCCCACCACGGCUUCUGAUGCUCCAAAGGCAAAGCCGGAUGAACAAGAAGAAAAGAAGGAUGAAGCUGAAAAAAGUGAGCCAAGCAAUGACAAGGUAGAGGACAAAAACGAGGAAAAGCCUGAGGAAGCAGCCAAGGAAGACGAGAAGGUAACAAACGGCAAUGCCUCAGCAUCGACCUCGGCAAAGCAAAAUGGGGAUGCUCAUGAAAACGGAGAUGCGCAGAUGGAAGAGGAAGAGGAAGAUGCCGAAGAGGAUGAGAACGAGGAGGAGGAUGAUGGCAGUACUAACUUACAAAUUGCUUGGGAAGUCUUGGAAUUAUCGAAAGUGAUCAUUCAAAAGCGUGCCGAGUCUGCAGAAAGGACCAAGUUCCUAGCUGAAACUCAUCGUCUUCUGGGCGAGGUAGCUCUCGAAAGUGGACACCAAGUCGGUGCAAUCGGUGACUUAUCCACUUGCCUUGAUCUGAUGCAAACCAUCGAUAAAAUCACGUCGAGACAGCUUGCCGAGGUUUACUACCAGUUAGGCCUGGCCUACUCGUUAGGUAAUGAGUACAAUUCGAGCAUUGAGCACUUUGAAAAAGCUCUGAAACACCUGGACGAGCGCAUCGACUACUUGAAAAGCCUCAAGGAAACACCAAAAGACGCAGACCCAAGUUUCAGUGCCGAGGAAGAGAUUAAGGAGAUCGAGGAUCUAAUUCCAGAGAUUAAAGAAAAAAUCGAUGACAUGAAAGACAUGAAGCAACAGGCUUGCAAAGCCUUGCUCGAUUCCAUCAAAGACCUGAACGGUGAGGGUAGCUCUUCUAAAGGCGCUGGGCCAAGUGGCGCAAGCACCUCCUCUGAUGCUGGUGCGUCCUCCGGUUCUUCUUCAGCUUCAGCUGAUGCCAAGCCCGCCAGCGACAUUUCUCAUCUAGUCCGUAAAAAAAGGAAAAAUGAGGAUGGCGAGUCCGAAAUGCAAGCUUCACCCUGCAAGAAACCAUCUCCUGUUUCACCCGGCAAGUCUGCGUGAAUACCUUUCCUUGUUUGUCAUGAUUUUUUUUCAAUCGUUUCGUUUUUUUGUAAAAAUUAGUCUCAAUCCUCAGUGGCUAAAAAAAUGUAUCAUGUUUAUAUUUUAUUUUUUAUUUAUUCAAAAAUUUCUUUGAACAAUGAUGACUGAUUAAACAGACGACUGAAAAAAAAACAAUCUGAAAUUUUAUUCUGAAUAUGACAUAAAGUUUGUUAGUGUUAAUUGUAAGACUUUAUGGAUUGUAUUAUUCCAAUAGGUAUUUUUGAAUAACAUUUAAUUUUACUUUACAAACUCUCGUUAAAAUAUGAUGCAAAUAUUGAAAGUGAUUUAUAAAUUUUUUUUAUCCUAAACACGGGCCAAGUAUUUAUAAAGUGUUAACACUUAUACAUAUAAAUAAGGAAAAAAAAUGUUUUCUCACCAUUAAAUAAUUCUUUUCAUUCGAUUUACAUGACAUCAAAUGCUCAUGUUUACCUUGCAUUUAACUUAAUCGUCUAGUUUAAGUCUUUGCGAUAUUACUUUAGUUAUUAUUGAUAAAGAGAUCAAGUAGUUAUUUAUUGCUUAUUUAUGCAUACGUACUUCUUAAUAGAAAUACUGAACGAUGUUUCUGUAAUUAAAUCAAACUUUUUUUCACCAUUACUAUUUUUGCUAUUAUAUAUUUACUAAUUCUUUAAUUGCAAAGACUCGGAAAGUUUUUUGUACCAAUCAAUGUCAAUUAUUUUGCGAUUAAAAUAAGGGAAGCGCCUAGUGUAAAAUAGUUGUAAUAAGGUCGAUAAAUAAGAUAAAUAAAGACAAAAAAUUCUUCAACACA